AUGGCCUUUCUUGCCGGUUUCGUUCUCCUUGGCGCAGCCGAAGCGGCGGUGCACAGUGGCUAUUUGUACGAUAAGCUUUGUGUGGAUGAAGGUGUUGGCAUUGAUGGCGUGGACAGCCGGACGGAGCCGGAAAAGCACACAUUGGACUGCUUGUUGUUCUCGCCCUGCAUUGAAUCCGGGUAUGGCAUCCUGACCAGACCAGAAGGCCAGAGCCAUUAUUCCAUGGAUGUACUGCUGUCAGCACAAGGCAAUGCAGAUGUCAUCACCUGGUUGACCACACAGGAAUACUUGGGCAACCACGUAGAGAUUAGUGGGCUCUACGACUCGCAGGGGCGACUGCAUGUGGACACCAUCAAGCGCUUGAACGAUGGCAGCAUCUGGAAUGGCUCGGGUGAAGGCUCUGGUUCUGAGACCUCGACUUUUGGGAUCUCGACUUCUGCUGCUUUGGUGACUUCAGCUGCUGGCUGCAGUUCCAUGCUGCUGGCGACCACGCUGAUUGUCUUAUUCCGUCUCUGA